GAUAACCGUGAGUGGACUGGCAGGAGGCUCGGGCAGUCACGAUGGUGAACCCGGGCUCCCACUGGAGGAUGAGGGUGACACCAGUGAACAGGUUUCUCGAACAACCGCCCACGGGCUUCUCCGUGGAGAGCUUUGGCUCGGGGUACCGGGUCCAGUCCGACCCGGAGAAGAGCCUCGUCCUCAUAGACGACUUCCAGUCCUGCAUGGGGAAAGUAGUUUUCCAGAGCUCGAUGGGGAGAAAAGUUAAAAUGCACAAUCUGUGUGAGUACAGCAGCGUGAGGAAGAGCCUGCUGUCCAAGGGGAUCCACCUGCUGGUGUCCGCCUGCGGGGAGGAGGCUGCAGGGACCGGCCCCCAGGGGGACAGAGAGCUGAAGCAGUUCGUGGUGUCCAUCAACGGCAGCGACCCUUUCUUCAAGUGGCAGAUGGAGAAGGGCCUGGACUGGACCAUCUCCUCGGUGGCUGGAGAGAGCUACAGGGUGGACAUUGACUUAUCUGAAGCUCUGGACAGCUGGGCUGCUGAGAACAUCAGUGACAACAAGGUCCAGUCCAAACCUGUGUGGACGGACACCACCUUCACCCUCAAGUAUCACUCUGACGCCCUCUUUGACCUCCCACACUGGUUUGGCUUCAGUAAAAGGACAUUUAAGGUCAGACUGACAUGACCCAGCUGUUGAGGAAGAGGAGGGGAACGUUUCUGUGCAGUUUUCAACAAGAUUGGUAAAAUGAGCACGAUGAACGGUCUGCUGUCGGCCCGUCGGGCGUGGAACCGGCACCCUUGCAGACUGCUGCAACUUCGCUGUUUUAGUUGCUGGGCCCAGAUUUCUCUUCUAUUCAGUGUUAGAAAACCACUCUCAUGGCCUGAAGAGGAAAUUCUGGAUAGCAUGAAGAUGAUUCAGACAAUCUGUGUGUAUAAAAAGACAUUUUAUUUGCAUGGUUCAGUGUCAAAUUAUUUCCAGCUUUUGUACUCUAUUGGGGUUGAACUGGUACUAGAAAAUGCAAUGUUUACAGAUGUCCGUGCUAAACAAUCAACAUUUUGGUGUGGGGAUAUCGUAAUUCCUGUAAUUUAAAAAGAAACCAAUAAAUGUUUUUUUACACACAA